GGUGAUCACUGUGCGCAAGAUACGAACCAAUCAGAUAUGCGUGUCUUCUCUUGUUGCUUAAAGUCGUUGGGGGUGUCGAGCAAACUUUUGUCUCGAGGCUUCAUUCCUACCAGGUUCAGGUCAACCCUCAGUCCAGAAGAUGUAGGCCUUUUUUCAUCCUAUCAGUGUAUACUUUCCAGAGGAUGCGUUACAUACAUUGGUGCUCUUUCGUUUUCCUUGCAGGGUCAUUCACUGUAGGUUCAGUUUUACUGACAAGAGACCUUGCAAAAGCCAAAAAAAUAUCAGAAAGAAAAUAUGGUCUGCCAUCUAUUGGUGGCGAUUUCAAUUUGGUUGACCAUAAUGGAAACCCAUGUAAAUUAGCUGAUUUCCACGGAAAAUGGGUUCUGUUGUACUUUGGGUUCUGCCGAUGUCCAGAUAUAUGCCCAGAACAAAUAGAGAGACUUGUGGAAGUAUCUGACAGAAUAAUGCUUAUUGAAAAACCCAAGUAUCCCUUAGUGCCUGUAUUCAUGUCUGUCGACAGCGAACGUGAUACCCCAGAUAUUUUAGCUAAAUACGUUAAAGAAUUUUCACCACAUCUGAUCGGGCUGACCGGUACUAAGGAAGAAAUUGAUAAAGUUUCUAAACUCUAUCGUAUUUAUUACAGUGCAGGACCAAAAGAUGCAGAUGGCGAUUAUAUUGUGAGUUUUUUUGGUGUUUAGUGGUUAUUCAGUACAUUGAAUGAGUGUUACGAGUAGCAUAUAUGAUGAAUUAGUGUUUAAAGUAUUGAUAAAUGGUUUUGGUUUUAUGAAAUUGUGGUGUUUGGGUUUCGGGUGUUGAGUGGCUUUCAAAUCGUUCGAAUCGCUAGCAACAAGAAGUCUGACGUGCGUGAAAAAAAUUUGUGAAGCUGAUGAGAUGCCGAACAGUAACUGCUGCCGACGUCUUGGACGAUGGGCAGAGUUUUUCAAGAAGUUCAAUUGGUCCGCUACCUCGGUGACAUCGACCAGACUUUCCUGCCCUUCACGACAGGUAACGACUGAUCCACCUAACGAGGCAGAAGUCUUCAGAGAACUCCAAUUCUUGAAGCACCACAAAUAACCAGGCUUGAUUGACUUAACUCCGACCCUUGUUAAAAAUAACUCCGCCGGAGCCCCUAUGGGGUUACUGCCGAUCCCAAGUUUGGAUAAACGGGGGGGGGCAUACGGUUUACGACCCCGUCCCGUGAAAAACUAACUCGCUAAAAAACGCUAACCAGAAGAAAUAAUUCAAACCAUUUAAACUCUGCCCCGGGAGUUAGAAGGUCUUCAUUUAGAAAAGUUAUGACGCCUCAUGGUGGAACCUGAGUUCCUUCGGAAGUCACAAGGCUGAUGUCCCUUCCGACAACCGGAGCAACGAUUAAUUUAGGUACAUGGAAUGCUCAUACAAUAUGGGAAACCGAGAGAGUCAUCCAAAUUGCUGCAGAAAUGAAAAGAUACAAUUUUUUUAAAAAUGGUGGAGACCUGGUUAAUGAACUGAGUUAUUUACAAGUGUCUGGCAAUUAGAGUGUUCCAACGUCGUGGGAUGAGUUGAUAGUUGUCCCUUUCUUUAAAAAGGGUUCGCAUCAUCUUUACAUCAAUUAUCGGUGGAUAAGUCUACUUCCGAUUGCAUCCAAAGUGUUAUGACCUUGAUCUGUCUACUCUAGAUUAAGACCUCGACGCAAUAGGCUGACCGGUUUAACCUUGAGGCUAGUACGCAUGAGUUCGAGGCGGGGUAGAGAGAAGAAAACUAUUCUAUCACAUGAUUGGCUGACAAGCACGGUAAUGAGAGAAGACAAGACAACUGGAACACUGUUCGCUCUAUUCCGAUAUACUGCUUUCCUGUAAAUUCUCUGAAUUCAGAUUAGUGCAAAAAGGUACAUGAAUAAAUAGGUGAUUUACCCGACCACAACGUACAAUAAUUUGGGAAAACACAAUUAUGUCCAAAACUGGAAAUUAGAGUAGAAAAUAAAAUGCAAAAUAUUAUGUUUAAAUUACAAUAGCUUCGGAACAAAAAGGGGUAUGGCAAUGAAUGAUACAUCGAACGAAAGCUCAUGUUCUGUAGAAUAAAAUAGGGACAAAAAUAAAUGUUAGUGUUUUACAAGCUUUGAAUAAAAUGAAAUAACGUCCCGAAAAAUAGCUUUCGUAGUUUGUCAGGGCUUCUUGUUUCCCUGUUCACAUCACAAACUAAUGGCUUACGUCAUACUUCUUAGAUUUUCCGAACCCGAGUAAGAUUGACUCGCGAGGAGCAGGCUGGUUUUCGUUCCCGUGGAGGAUGUACUGGUCAUAAUUUCACCCCCCACACUGAAUUGUAGAACGUCUUACCUAUUACAGGCCAACAAUCGUAGUGUUUCUUGACAUCAGUGCCGCUUUCGAUUCGUCGAACAGACGUGUUCCCUGGGAUGGUCUUUUGAAGAAGGGUGUGCGUGAAAAAUUUAUUAACGUCUUUAAGGCUUUAUAUCCUGGCACCUCAGACAGAGUUAUGGCAUACAACUACCUCUCCAUUGUUCCAUUCAAACAGUUGGGUUAGGCAGGGUUGUCUAAUUUCACCGUUUUUCUUCAACUUUGUUAUCGAUGACGUUCUGGAAACAGCCCUGAUGGAUGUAGAUAAUGAUAGUAUAGACCCGUUGCCUGGAGAAAGACAUUUCGAUCUUGAGUAUGCGGAUGAUAUUGUCUUACUGUGCGAUAACCAGUUGUCAAUAAGUGUCCGUAGGUAUGGUAUGUGCUUUGCAUCUUCUAAGUGCAGGGCCAGGGUCCUGUACUCACCCUGAGUAGUGUGCAGAUAGAAGUAGUCGAGAAGUUCAUGUAUUUAGGUGGCUGUGUAAGUGCUGGUAGUGGCAUGAGUGAGGAGAUCAAUUCACGUAUAACGUAAGCCAAAGAGGCUAAUGCCAAUGCGGACCGCCUUCAUGAUAUUAGUCUGGUUUUUAAAGGUCGGAUCUAUAACGUGACGGUAAGAGCAGUUUUUCUCAACGCUUGUGAAACCUGACUUCUCUGAGUUAAGGAUGUUAUCAUCGUUGUUUCCGAAGGGUUGCUGACAUUCAGUGGCAACACUAUGUUAGUAAUACAGAGGUUCAACAUUGUGUGUUCGGGCACAGCGACCAUAAUUCAUUUGGUGUCACCACCUUGAAACACCGACUUCAGUAGUUUGGAGAUGUUCAAGGAAUAUCGUUCCGGCGAAUUCCACACCGUACAUUAUUUGCCGACGCUAGGACCGGUUGAAAAAAGCGGAGAGGUGGUUAGUGCACGACAUGGUGUCGUGGUAUGAAAGAAAGCUGUACAGGACUGAGUUCUGUUGACCCUUCAAUAUCCCCUGGUGGGUUCCUGAAGAUGUUACAACGUAGUGGCUUGAAACUAUCAGAAAUAAUUCAGAGUAAAAGCCAGUGGCGAACCAUGUUGUAGCUUCCCUUCACUUUCUUCAUAAAAGUCAACGCAACUUUAACUGAAGGAAUUCUUUCUGGUUGUAUUUUUCCUAACUGAACUGCUCUUUUCAUAAUAAUAAUAAUAAUGACAAUCAUAAUUUCACUCUCAUACAAUAAUUUUCGUUCAUUGUUGAUUCCCAUUUCUUAAUAUACUCGCCUUCCAUUCCCCAUCUCUUCACAAUUUCAUUUUUAUUGUUUGGCGCAUAUAUAUUUGGUGCACCCUCGUACCAAUAUUUAUAUGUUCAAAUAAACAAAUAAAUGAAAGAAUGAAGAAAUGAAUACUUGUUCGUCUGUCAAGUUGAUUGAAUUAAAUUUUAAUCUAAAUAAUUAAUUCCCUCGAUUAAUCUUUUGAUUGUAGCAUAUCAGUCAGACAGCCUCAUGCAGUAACAUUCGUAAGGAGUCAACCAGUUUGCACACUAUAUACCAUAAUGUCCAAUUUAUAAUCGUCACUUUUUCUAUUUGUCGUUGGUUUGUUCUUAAUCCCCACAGGGGAAGUUGUUUAUGAUUCAUAGGCAUCAUGACAAAAUCUCUUCGUUUUAGAUUGGUAAAGCCGUUUUUCUUCCUAAAAGUUACAUUCGAUAUCUGUUUUCGCACAAGUAUACUUCAAAACAUAAGUUUAUCCGCGAUAUUUUAAUCUGCCACUGUGUACAAAGAUCAAUUUUAUUAUGUCCGUUUAUUUACUGCAAAUUCAUAACCAAGCUCAAUUUUGUGUUCUCAUUGUUGAGUUACCGUAUGACCUAUUGGUUGAAAGUAGAGGUUUUCAACCACUAAACCACAACUUCGAUUGGUUUUCUUGAUGUCUGUGUAUGUGAAAGACGUGUAUGUCAUAUCGUUAUGCAUGUAGAAGAAAUGAUAGAAACUCUGUUGCAUCUCGUCGAAUUCAUUCACCCUUCCGGUGGUACGUGUUCUGUGUAGUUCAUGUCUAUUCAAAACUUUUCUAUUUAGACUAUUCUUAAGCAAGUCUGUUGAAUAAUAAGAUUGUUUUAAAUUACCACGAGUUUUGUACCUGCAAACAAAUUACUAUUUAAGUGGAAAAAGUGGAUUCUACUGUGUCCGUUUGAAUGCUUUAUUUUCUUAUAUGAAUCGACUAACGAUAUGGGAACAGCUCAUGUGCACUUAUCAGUAAAUACAAACAUCAAGAAUUAAUCUUUGAUACACUGGACCAGCAUAUUUUUUCCGUCAAACUUACUAUCAUUGAUCUAUCUUAAUUCAACUUAAGAAGCGAUCAAUAAAAAUUUCUGGAGCUGGCUUUCAAGCUCUUAAUGUUUUUGUUACAGAUCUGAGAUAUUGUAGUAAACAAUAACACUAGUCGGGACAAUCGAAUGUAUUUGACACGAAAUUACAGAGCAUCUCACUAAAAUCUGAGAUCCAUAUAGUAAAUAGUUAAUUUCAAAAUAUUGUAGCGGCUGUGCUUCGUUAACCAAUCACCCUCGUAACCGUUACCAUAUAGACCUCAACGGUUUUGAAAUCAGAUGGUAAAGAGAAGCAGCGACCACAGUUUUAUUAGCAAAUAACUCAGACCACAAAGCAGAGAGGCAAAGUGAGUGAGUCAGCGAGUUGAGAGUGUAGAGUGUGUAGGUUUAAAUGUACAUGUAUAUAUAUAGGGAAACGAAUGGAUCAUCGGAUCAGUUAAGCAGCUAAUAAUAAAGCUAGCGUAGGCGAUAAGCAAUGUUCAAGCAUACAUAUUUCAUACAAGCACAACAAGUUGUUAUAGUACGGAUGACUCUGUCCGCUAAAUAAGUUAACAAAAGGGCUUAACCGAAUUAAAUGAUAACAAACUCAAUUGCACGUGAGGUGCUGUAAUAUCAAUCCAUUGUCUCAGAUUUCAUUGUCCAUGUGUUUUCAUAUCAAUUGCGUUCCGUUUCGUUCUUUCCUUAUCGAUCUUCUGCCUGACCACUGUUAUAUACCACCAUUAUGGAUAUAAGUAACCUACACCAUAAUAUUACUUUAAAUUAUAUUUAUGAUUUCAUAUUUAUUAUCGAUAGGUUGACCACACUGUUAUAAUGUACUUGCUGGAUCCGAAAGGACAAUUCUCCGACUAUUAUGGACAAGCUAAACCAGUACAGGAGAUAGUACAAAAUAUUACAGAAAAAAUGAAUGCAUACAAAGACUAACACUUCGUAUGUUUAUAUGUUCACAUAUGUAUAGUAGAUUACUACUCUUUUAUUGUGUAAUCUGUUCAUUUUCAGUCAAAUAUAAACUACAAUAUUAUUUACCUUUAGUAGUUAGUCUAUAUUGAUGGAUGGAUGGAUUUCUUUUAUUUUACUCCCUAAAUUUAAUUACUUGGUAUCUGAAAAAUUUGUGUAGUUAGUUUGACUAAUCUUCGUUCACUGAAACAACUUCCUACUGUUGCCAUUAUAAGUAGAAUUAGAAAUAUUUUCCGUAUAUUUAACUCUAUAUAUUUUAUUAAG